UGGAGUAGUGAUAUAGUGCGGAUGCUAUUAUGAUAAUACAGUGUUGCUAUUACCAUAACUGUAUCUUGGAGGUCAUGUGACCCUUCUAUAGAUUAUGCAUAAAUGUGUAUAGUUCAAGUCUCAUUAUUUAGAAGUUUGCAUCUUUUAUUAGAUUCCCACAGUUCAAACUUCUCUAUAUAGACCUGCCAGACUUGGAGCACAUUUUCAAUAUGUUGAGGUUGGGUAACCAAUCAUGUGUGUCUUACACUAAAGUAAAAGUAAAAACACACAGGAUCUUUCAUACAAGUUUCCUGCCUGCCACCCUGAAGGAAUGAUAACUUUCACUGUACCUGUAAAGUACACUUCUUAUGAGUUUACAGAAGGUGUCUAUCACUUCCUAAAUGCACACGUCACUUAUUACAUGCCAUGAGAUACCUGGGUGUCACUUAUUACAUGCCAUGAGAUACCUGGGCAUCUCUUUGCCAUCAUCCUAGUACCCUGACCCUGAGAUGACUUUCUCUAUGCUAUAAACCUUGUCCCUUUUACAGCUCAGCGAUGGGAAGAACAAACCCAACCCACAAAUGUUCUCCCAUAAACACAGUUUAUAAACAUUUUUCAGGAACACCUACAGGAAACCUUAAUGAGGUAACUAGGACAGACACUGCACACCUGCAUAACAUCUGCCUGAGAAAUGGGUAGUCAUUCAUUUACUUUUUGUUGGUGAGAAAAAGUAAAAUCAUUGAUCUGGAGUAAAAUGUUAAAAAAAAAGAAAAAACUGACACUCAUUGUGACAGCACAGCCAUUUAGCUGAUAGGAAGUGUGCUCAGACUGAUAGUACACAUUAAGUACAGCCCUCGCUGUGCCUUUACUGCACUUUGUCCAACAUUCAAGCGAGGAGGUCCAAAGUCCAGAGACUUGUUUAACAAACCGAUAAAUAUGAACCUUGGAUAAUUUACUCUGCUCAAAAGUAAACAGAUAACCAAGGGGUCCUUUUAUCAGUGGUGCUAACUCAGGACAUUUGUGGGGGUCCAUGAGAGAAAUGUGGGCCUUUUGACAGUAGUGAAUCCAGUGGUCUCUCAGUGUUUUGAAUGUCAGAAAGGCAGUCAGUUUGAAAAGGUGUUAGUCAUGAAGCGAGGCACAUCAGGCAGUGUGUACUGAAUCCAGAAAAGGAAACAAGCAGAAAAACAAAACAAGUAUGGUGAGCAAACUAACCCCCUUACAGCAGCAGCUGGUACAUGCCCUCUUAGAUUCUGGACUGAGCAGAGAGACACUGACAGAGGCGCUAAUGGAGAUUGAACUGUACGAGACCAGCAACGAAGAAAACCGGCAAGCAAUCACUAUGAUCCAGUCAAGAGAAGUGGCAUCCCUGGCUUUGCCAAAUGGCCAUGGUGAGACUAAAAUCCUAAGUGAUGACAGUUCUGAUGACGGUGAUGAUUUUACCCCUCCGAUUUUAAAAGAAUUGGAGAACUUAAGCCCAGAAGAAGCAGCACAUCAGAGAGCUGUGGUGGAACGACUCUUACAGGAGGAUCCCUGGAAGGUGGCAAAGAUGAUCAAAGGUUACCUUCAGCAGCACAACAUUCCACAGCGAGAAGUGGUCGAUACAACCCGGUUAAAUCAGUCACACCUCUCCCAGCACCUUAACAAGGGAACACCAAUGAAGAACCAGAAACGUGAAGCCCUCUAUACUUGGUACGUCCGCAAACAACGCGAGGUUGCACAGCAAUUCAGUGCUGGACAUACCUUAAUGGGAGAGGACUCUAUCAGUGAUGAACUGUGCAGUAAAAAAAUGAGAAGGAACCGAUUUAAAUGGGGCCCUGCCUCACAACAAAUUUUAUUCCAGGCUUAUGAGAGGCAGAAGAACCCCAGCAAAGAGGAACGAGAAGCUCUAGUAGAGGAAUGUAACAGGGCAGAGUGUCUCCAAAGAGGGGUCUCACCCUCUCAGGUCCAUGGCCUGGGUUCAAACCUGGUGACAGAAGUGAGGGUUUAUAAUUGGUUUGCAAACAGAAGGAAAGAAGAAGCAUUUCGCCACAAACUGGCCAUGGACACAUAUGGUAACCAGUCAUCAGGCACUCCAGGAGCUGUGCAGAAUUCAUCAAUUCAUUCAUCUUCACUCUCACCAGAGAAGGUGCAUGGAGUAAGGUAUAUUGGUGAAGUAGUGUCUCCCAGCAUAAGCAGCCAUGGAAACAGUACAAUGGUGACAACCCAGGCAAUUUUCCAGCAAGUUUCCCCACCCGGACUUGAACCCAGUAGUAGCUUGCUCAGCCCAGACACCAAGCUGAUUUCAACCUCAGGUGGGGCUCUUCCCCCUGUCAGUACCUUGACAGCUCUACACAGCUUUCAGCAGAACCCACACACUGUAACUCAGCCAACUCAGAACCUCAUCAUGGCCUCACUGCCCAGUGUCAUGGCCAUUGGGCCUGGUGAGACGUCAACACUGACACCAACCAUAACCAACACAGGGGCAUCGACUCUGGUAAUAGGUCUGGCAACAACACAGGCACAGAAUGUUCCGGUUAUUAACAGUGUCGGAAGUAGCCUCACCACCCUGCAGCCAGUUCAGUUCCCUCAACAGUUUCAUCACUCCCAUCAGCAGUCAAUCAUGCAGCAGAUGCCAGGUCAUGUGACGCAAAGUUCCUUCAUGGCCACAAUGGCACAGCUUCAGAAUCCACAUGCUGUAUACAGUCACAAGUCGGAAGUCCCAGCAUACACAUCCACAAACAUCUUCCCACAAACCAUGGUUAUAACAGAAACAGGAAAUCUCAGUGCUUUGACCAGCCUUGCACCAACAAAGCAGAUUCUAAUGACAAACUCUGAGAGCACCUCAGAGGGAGGACUGCAGCAAGCACAGGUGGUUCACUUACAGAGUCCUGAAAGCACACUGCAGCACCUACAGCCAAGUCAUCGUUUAUCUGAAAGUCCAGUUGGCACUACAGGUGAGAGGAAGUAUCAUCCAGUGGAUUGGUAAUCUAUCAGAAUUCUCCACCUGUUGACAGUCAUGUACACCUUGUCAUCUAGCCGAAGUACCAUCAAGGCCUUCGUACAAGCAGAGAUGUCAUCAGCAGCUCAGUAACUGUGGUCACCGCACUACAAAAUGUCAAUGGAUCCUGACUUUGUCCCUAACUCAACUGCCACAUCAGUUUUCCUAAAGACAUUGACAGCAGGGCUUUGUGACACCUUACAGAGUCUAACAGUUUAACAUGCCCCUGCUGAUAAGUAAAUAAGCUGCUUGCAACAACGGCACCACCCACACUACAGCAACCAAACCAUGCAUACAAUGACAGAGAUGGAUUACUCUCCACACACAUCAUUGCAAACCGGAACCUUCCUCUCCCAUUAUGCAGGGCCUGCAACUUGUACAAACAAAACCUACAUUUGAUUAUUUUCCAGCAAAAACAUGACAUGACACAUUGCAACCAUUUCAUUAUGAAGACAUUUAAAACAGACUUUCUUCCUACAGAGCAUAAUCAAUAAUGGAGUUGGAUGCACUCUGGCAAGGUGCAGGGUACACUGUGAACAAGCAUAUGUGCGACCCCGUCUGGACUACUUGCAUCCGAUAACUGCAAAAGGAUAUUCAUAAAAACAGUCACAUUUCUGGACGUUUAACACCUGAUCAUCACAACUCUGGUUUCCAGCCGUGCAUACUACAGCCACCAAAUGCACUGAGCACCCGUGUGUCGAAUUUAAAGCCACCAAAUGCACUCAGCACCUGUGUCUAGAAUUUAAAGCCACCAAAUGCACUCAGCACCUGUGUCUAGAAUUUAAAACACUUCUAGUACAGCCUGCACAAGACUGAAGGUUUGACGUUACAAAGUAGUUGUCAUUCAGACAGAUUUGUCCUUAAACUGAGACACAAAUAACUGGUACAGAAUGGUUGAAGAGUGAGUUGCAUUAAGACUAUACUCUUAUGGACUAUACACCCAAAAUAUUUUUGCAUUGACAUAGGAAAUACAAGGGACUGCAUGCUGGCACACAGCAGUGGUUUGUUUUGCAUUAAUAAACUUUUCAGAAUGGAAGAAUACCAUCUGAUGGGAACUCUGCAAACAAAUACAAUUGUUCUCUUCUUACCUACAAAGCAGCUACUGGCAAUGUUGUACAUAUGUAAAUAUGUCAAUUGUCAUACCAAAGCAAUGACACAAUUAUAUAAAAACAAAUGUACAUACAGCAGUAAAAUGUGAGGCCAUGUAAAUACAAACUAUUUGCACUGAUGAGUUGUCUGUACUUGAAGUCUAUGUACAUAUACUGCUGAUAAGUCGCAUUAAUUAUGUUGUCUGUUAAUGAAUUUUCACAUGCAAGUCAGGAAAAGUGAUGUCUGCUACACCAACUUUAAACACAGAACUAGAAGGAAUACAACAUAUUGUGUAAUUUCAGUGGCACAAUUAUGUAUAAAAACAAAAAACUCACAUCCAAGAAGAAUGACUCCCAUCUACUACAGGGAUUCAUUCUGGGUGUUUCAUGCCCUAAAUAAAGCUGUACAAAGCAAUCCCAGUAGCAAUAAUCAGAACCACAUUGGUACCUCCUUCCUCUGCAGUACUACACAACAGACCCAGGGCAUACUGAAAGUCAUAAUACUGAAUGCGAAAUGUUGAAACUUUACAAUGCUGCCCUCAAAGUAUCUACUAACACCAAAUACAUACUACGUGCAUACAUACACUACACCAGUACAGAGCCAGUCAACAAAAAAGUGUCACUCCUAUGUUAGUGAAACUCAAAAUUACUUAUCACUAAUAUGCAUUCUGUGGGUGGGUGUUGAGGGGGGAACAAGUCCAGCUUUCUGCAUACUGGGAUUUUGAGUUUAACAUUUUGACAUUGUACAUUUAGUGUUAUGGCAGAGUUCACUGCUUUUAAAUAAGCUGGCAGAGACCCAAGCUGCAUUCCAGUCUAGGUCUAGUGUGCUUUCUUCAUCACAGAAUGAGAGGUGAUGCCUGCCCCCUUGCUAGUAAGUCAGGUCAAUUAUGAAUCGAUGCAUUUCCCAGAACAGUAUCACACCAAGACCAGUCUCAUGCUUGUUUUAUACCUUCUGUAUAUAAAUUACAUUCAUUUGCACCACUGCCAGUGGUAAUGAAAAACAGAACAUAAACUCUACCACUUGUCCAGUGAAGAAUUGUCCCCAUAAUUCCUCUAUAUGCUCACCUAUCUUACCAAGGCCCCAUUUUCUUCUGGAACAUUUUUGCCCCCAUGCCUGCAGACCACCUCAAACUUGAUGAUUACAUUCACUGCCUUGGGGUGGUGGUGGUGGGGGUCUGGUCUUCUCCAAAACCAUGAGGAUAACAGCCAUCCAGGCAGGCCAUUACUUAAGCAGCCAUGGGGGCUGCUUGUGCCAUUGAAUAUAACCAUAUUUCUAUAUAUCCUAACCUCCUCCCCCGGGCAGGGUUGAGGGGCUCCAUGACCUGCAGCACCACAGGGACCACUACAGUUCCCUUGUGUAAAAGGCAUGCUCCCAUGCACUUGCUAAGUGAAGACGACUGUCAUAUUACAGCUUGGUGCACCACAAACUUGCUCCAAGGCCACAUGUUCCACCACCCCUUCCUCUGAAGAUUUGCAGCUGCAUGCUGCCAUCUCUGUCCAAAUCCCCCCACACUGAGGAAGCCCACUGUCCCUGCCAUUAGUCAAACUCAAGACUGCCUGGACCAUAGCUGCAUGCCACAGCAGCUAACUAUGCCUACCACUUUAAAUUCAUUAACAUUUUUCUUCCUUCUGAAGAGCACUGUUAGUACUAUGAGCACAUGCACGUACUACAGAAUUCACCCUUCUAUAUCAUUAGCACAUACACACUUACCGGUAUUUUGCAGCACUCAGGCUGCUACGGCAAUUCCUGAUUUUUUAUUACAUUCCAAUGUUUUGCCUUUACACAAAUUAGCAAAAGGAUUUCUAAAUCAGGAUGCCGAGGCUUUGGCCAAAAUCUGUUUCCUUGCGAUUUCUGGUGCAUUUUCAUUCAAGUGACAGCUCAAUACAUUUAAUGCAUUUUAUUUUUAUUUGAAAGGUGUUAACUGGGUAGUCACAAUGAGCUCAUGGGCCCAUUUUCAGAAGAAGCCUUGGUAUGGGGGGGGGGGUGAUUUAAAAUCUCCAUGCAGAUAUCAAAAGUUAUCUAUAACUUCAUUAGGAAUAUAAGCAGGUAUUUAUACAGACAAUAAAUCAGUAACGUAAACUUGUAUAAAUUCAACAGAGUACAUAUUUGAGCAGAUCACUAUUGUGGUGUAAUUCCUUAUGGGGGGCACUGAAGGCCGAUGGAAACUGUGGCAGGACAACUUAUAGUUGACCUUCAAGAACUGUUGUGGGUGCUUCUGGUGAGCUGGACUCCCCCCUUCUGCCCCUUGCAUAAUCUUGCAUAAGAUUACUAUCUUGCAUUUUGUUUUUUGGUUUUUGGAAAGGUGCCGGCAAGAACUCUACCCAAGGCCAUAAAUUUAGCCUCCAGUCCUCACUCUGUAGAGUCCAUGAGAGCCUUAGCCCUAAGUUUGUGCUCUCACUGAAUUUAGUGCUCGGAAAAGGCUUUGCAAACAAAAGUGGUUACAGAGGACAUCAAUCUUCUAGGAAAGUAUGCUUCACAAAUGUCUCAAGCAAAACUAUUUUUCUUUCUUUCUUUAUAACCCAGCGGGGUGUGGUGGGGGGACAUAAGUCAGUUUACAGUGUGUCUUUUUCUGGCAAUGUUAAUAGCUAGACUUUCAACAGCUGCAAAUCUUUUCCUCUUAGGUUUGAGGGAUAGGUACGAUGGCAGGUACCUGGACUGCCUGGCUGAAGGCCACAUUAGAGACCAUUUUCAACAUAAAUGAAGGAUUAGUCUUGAGACGUAUUGUGCCCUUGUAAAAAAAAAAAAAAAAAUUU